GAAAUAACAGAGGAGGGAAGAGAAGAAGAGGAAGUCAAACGGAGGAGAGGAUAGAUGAAGAGGAGCUGCCAGCAGUGACUUUGUGAAUUAAUCGAGCGGAAGAGCAUUUCAGAAGAGAAGCACGUUUUUCAGGGAGUGGAUGGAUGGGUAGCCAGAAAGAGGGAGGAAGGACGAAUGACUGGACACUCUGUGGCUGUUUAAACAUUAAUGUGCUUCUCAUGUGAAUAUUGAGCUCAGCUUUAGAUCAGUCACCAUGGAUUAUCAGCUAAAUACUCUUUAAACCAAAAAAAGGGGAACUACUUCUGUUUUGCCAUUCAUAAAAUAAGGAAAAAAAACUUUUAGGGAAAUUUGUUAGACUUACUUCAUACGGAACUAAGUCGAUACUUGAGUUUUCUUUUCUUCUCUUGUGUAAAUAUAGACUCUUUGUGACAUCUUCUCUGGAGGAUCUUGUACAAUUGUUAUCUUUGUCAGUUGCUGCACUGAAUAUUCAGGUUGUUUUUAUGCAAGUUUUCUAUACAUUUGUGUUGUCUUUUUAAAAGUUCAUUGUUAAUAGUUAAUAGUUGUUGUUGUUCAUACUUUUAUUAGGGAAGUGAUUAUUAACCUUUGAAUAACAUCAGACAAGCAGAUUUGCAUUCUCUAACUGGAGUCAGUGCAUGCAGCCGACAUGGGAUGUCAACAUUGAUUGGAUUUUAUGGCUGGCGCGACGGCGCUCAAACUUUGAUAAUUCCCUGAAACCUAUUGAUUUUUCUAAGAGUCUGUAGUUUUUCCUUUUGUUCAGUGGGAAAAAAGGCUCUUUGAUGCAGCAACUAAUUGCUGCCGUGUGAUUUGAUAAAGCAGUUAUCUCUUUGUCUAAAGAUUUCUGCUGUUGCCGGGACUAUCCUCCGCAGGCAUUUCUUUUAAUGUCUGUUGCCAUAGCAACGGGUCGCAGCAGUUGCAGACAGAACAACAUGUAAAGUUCUUUUUCUCAUCUUAUCUUUAAAGAUUGGUGCUGUUCCAUUAGGUAAUUGUGUAUAUUUACUUGAGAAGAGACAGUAGACCUGAUUAGUUUGAGAUUUUCUGUCUUAGACUGGGUUUUUUCUUUGUUAGACAUCUGUGUCUGUGUCUGUGUCUAUGCGCAGCUCAGCAGUCUCCGAGAAUCAGGGUUGUUUCAGGUCACCUGUCACCCCCCUCCCCAUUCUGUGUGUAAGUCUCGUGCAAUUGCUCUCAGCCCCGAUUGUCCUGAUCUCACCUUUAUCGGUGGCAACUAAGGCAACGGCUUCACCAGACGAGCUGAUGUACGAGUAUCAGGAGUGGCUGUAAAAUUUUGAUUAAUGUAUUUGGUGCAUCUGUACAUAUCACUCUGUGCAGCUGCUUGGUUUUAAGACCAUUAGGUGUGCUGUGUCUGUGACAGUCUUGUUACUGUCUUGUGAAGGUGACUCAGGAUUUGUCCUCAUGUAGUGGGUCAUCUCAUCUGCAGUCACCUGACCUACACUGUGUUUUGUGUGUGCACUGAAACAUACUCAGGCAAGGCGAGGGUUAAAUCUGCUCAUAGAGCAUUUCAGCAACCCUGUGUAUGAGAACACACCUGGAAUUAGCUCUCUAUUGUUAACAAGUCUAUUGUGUUCGAUCCUUUGCCUUUCUAAGACUCAUUGGUGGUUUUAUUAAGGUUUUUACAGACUGUUUGGUUUGUUCUGCAUGAUUUUUGAUUGUCCAAAUACUGUUUUAUUUUUUCCGACUUCUCCAGCCAUACUUCUUUACAGCUUUCUGGAGAUCAUCCCAGCCCGUCUGGCAGUUCGUGCUUGUGACUGGAUGCUCCAUGGUGCUUUUUAGCCAAGACCAGAUGGAUGUCUAGCAAGAUUUGUUAGACAUCUCAUCUGUGGUGCUAGACUGGUGUAGGCGACUGUUCCCUUGCCAUGCAUCCAGCACCCACUACAAGCUGGUGCACUGUACUUUAAACAAAGCUGCGUUAUAAAGUAGUCUGUGGACAAAUGUAUGUUUUCACUUGGUAUCUCUGAAACAUCGGUGCCAAAUUUACAACUUAGUGUUAAGGUUAAGACAAGGUGCGUGCGAACCUUGCUCUCCUCGGAGAGAGCGAAGGUCAACAGAUUGUAAAUAUGACUAGUGCCUCAACAGCACUGAGAUGUAAGGCGAGCUAGCCUUGCCUUUUGCUGAGGUCAAACUGCUGCAGACUGUUUCCUCUGCGGGUCUUUUGCUUGCAAGAGACUGUUAAAUGCAAACAGACUGUUGUUUGCCUUCUGGGUUGGACUAUGCAGAAUAUGAUAUGCUAUGUAGUAUUGGGCGUGUUGUAAUAGCAGAUAAGAAAGGCAAUGAUUCCAGUGUAAAACCCUUGGCUUGAUUGAAGCACACUGGGUUGUGUCAACGCUUUUCUCAGGUAUCUGAUUUGAAUCUCUGCAUGUUAUAUGAUUUAGGCAGAAAUUAACUGGGUAAGAGCUGUUGUGCCUAGAGAUGCUAGAAUAUCAACAGAGUGCGGUUUUAUUUAAGCAUUGCCAACUGGGUGAGUUGAUUCACAUUCAUCUCUGAUCGUCCUCCAGCACCAUUCAGGGAACUCUGGAGUUUAGACGAGACCAGUCAGGUCUCAUUGCCAUCAUGACGAGCCCACCGUCGGUUGUCAUCAGUCAAUGACCUACAUUUCCCCAGCGUUGCAUCACUACUGUGCUACUGCAGUGUGUGUCACUGUACCAGACAUCUCAGACUCAAACUACCACUAUUCAAUGGUGCUCUCUCUGGAGGAAAAACAAAAAACCGUCCUUGCCAAAGUGUCCACUUUUUGGGAAUACACUUCAACCAAGGAGGCCUCACUUGUUUUAGCCAUAUCUAGAACUACAGUCAGGGACGGGCCCUUCUUUUCCAGCCCAGUCUUAAACUUUUUUCUCUGAUUUCUACUUGUGUUUAAAUGGUCGACCAUGCCUAGUCUUUAGCCUCUAUAAUCUGUAAUUCUAAAGUUACAGUGGCAGGACAAACAGGGGUCACCAUUAAUAUAUUAGAAAGAGGGACUGUUAAACAAGGCAGCCUGGAGAACGGAAGAGCAGACGAGGGAGGGGGUCAGGGGGAGGGAGAGAUCAUUUGGAAGAGGAGAGAGGAAGUGGUGGCGCGGGAGAGGGCAGAGGCGUUGGAGAGACAGAGGUUGGCAGAGUACAUUGUGUGGAGGAAGAGAGAGGACUUCCAGGAGAAAAGAGGAGAUCGAGAGAAGGGAGGAAAGAGUGCAGAGAAAGGGAAGGGGGCUGAACCAGAGGUAAUCUGGAAAAAGAGAGACGAGGAGGGAGACGCAGGGAGGGAUAGAGCGGGAGCCAUUCAGCAUGGACAUGACAUUAUUUGGAGGAAGAGAGAGCGAGAGUAAAAAAAGUGGCGCUCGAUAAAAGAAUAUAAGGAUAUGAUACACUUGAAAAGCAGAUGUUAAGAAAGGCAUGUUGCAACCAGGCAUUGGAGACUAGCCAUACAUCAGUAAGCCUCCUCUCUCCUCAGCCCUGGGCUUCAUUCAGCUCUGCAGGUGCUUGCUGUAGUAUUUUAAGUGUAUUGUGUGUGUGUGUGUGUGUGUGUGUGUGUGUGUGUGUGUGUGUAUACGUGUGUGUUGUUGCCGUGUCGUUGCACACAACCCCCUUGCGAUCCCCUCAUUGGCUGCUAAUAGGAUUUUUAUAGGCUUGUGUCAAGCAGGAUAGAGCUGCUACACACGUGUGUGCACGGCAACGCACACAUACACAGAUAAUCUAAGAGACACUGUGGGCAGGGUAGAUUUUUACAGCCUUACAUGCAUGUAAAGGUGUAUGACAAGAGUGCAGCAACACACGCGGGGUGUUGAGAUAAAUCACUUGAGCUGAUUCUCCAUGGUGCUGCUGACAGCUGGAUAACUUGACUCUAACCGAGAGUCUGUCAAGUUUAGACAAGAUACUCACAGAUAUUGUUUUACACUAAGGAAAGAAAAACCCACCAAGAUGAACACUUUGUGGAGAGCUAAGACCAUAUCACCAUCAGUCCCAGGAACACAAUGAAUGCUGAAGCAGAUUUAAAGUGACCUGAUUGCAACAUGAUCUGCGCUGGUGCACUAACAACAAACUUUUUUCAUCCGCAUUUGACCAUUGACCGGGACACGUCGCUUCUCCUCUGCGCUUUUUCUCAUUUUGCUCCCAUUGUGGAUAACGCUGUAUUUAAAGGAGUUUGGUUUUGGCUGCAUGAUAAUGACCAGAAGACAGACAACCAGACAGAUGUAUGCAGCUCUUACACUGACCAAGACAGACAGAUGGCUGUAUGUCCUUUCAGGGAGAAAGUUUGAGUUCUGAGACGAGGAGACAUUUAAAUGAGCCACUAGAGCUUGGAUUUGUGCAUAUAAAAACUGACGCUGCAAAUUCAUUAUGGAGCUUGUCCCAAAAACCAAAUACACACACUUCCGGAGUGAAUCGCUGAGCUCAACCGAUGAAACGAACUCCAAUCCGUCAUCGUUCCCUCCUUCCAGCCCUACUACCCCACUCACUCCCUCCCCUGGUUUACCUCCUUCUCUCUCCUCUUCAUCUCUCACUCCCAUCUUGCCCCCCUCUUCUCCUCGCCCGGCUGAGAACAGCCCCACCACCCUCUGCUCCUUCUUUCCCAGGAUGGGAUCCCUCCGCCUGGGUGUCUCUGCCACUCUUCUCCCAGGACUCAAGGCCUCGAGCAGGCCACAGCAGCUUCAGGCGCCUGUUGAGUCCUCUGGGGAUGACAGGAGCAGCUCUAGCUCUUCCUCUCCUCAUCAUCACCCUGUUCCCCCUUUAACUGCUCCUUCUCCUCCUCCCCGACCUCCUCUGCAGGACAUGAACCGGCUGGGAGGGGCGUCCAGGAGGGCACGGGUAGAAGGAGGGCAGCUGGGAGGAGAUGAGUGGACGCGCCAUGGCUCCUUUGUCAACAAGCCCACCCGCGGCUGGCUGCACUCUGACAGUGUGGUCAGCACCACUGGUGUUUCCUACACUGUACGGUACAUGGGAUGUGUGGAAGUGCUGCAGUCAAUGCGAGCACUGGACUUCAACACCAGAACUCAGGUCACCAGGGAGGCAAUAUCUGUGGUGUGUGAGGCAGUACCCGGAGCCAAAGGAGCCCAGCGCAGGAGAAAGCCAUCUUCUCGCUGUCUGACAUCCAUCCUGGGGAAGAGUAACCUGCAGUUCGCUGGUAUGACAAUCAGCCUCACCAUCUCAACCAGCAGCCUCAAUCUGCUGGCCUCCGACUGCAAACAGAUAAUUGCCAAUCAUCACAUGCAGUCCAUCUCCUUCGCCUCUGGAGGAGACCCAGACACGGCUGAGUAUGUAGCGUAUGUGGCCAAAGACCCAGUAAAUCAGAGAGCGUGUCAUAUCCUGGAGUGCUCAGAGGGUCUAGCCCAGGAAGUUAUCAGCACCAUCGGCCAGGCCUUUGAACUGCGCUUUAAACAGUACCUAAAGAACCCACCCAAACUGGUCACACCUCAUGACAGGAUGGCACCGUUUGAUGGCUCUGCAUGGGAAGAAGAAGACGAUGAGGCUGCUCCAUCUUCUGAUGUCCCUUAUUAUAAUAAUUUCCCUGGUAAACAGCCUCCCCCUGGUGGACUAAUCGACAUGAGGACCCGUCCAGGGGCAACGCUGCCGUAUGGACAGCCAGGACAGAAUGACAUUCACAAGCAGCCUCUGCCUCCUCUACCAGUGGGUGUCAAGGAAGGGGGGCGGGAACUAUUUGAUGACCCUUCAUAUGUCAAUGUGGAUAAACCCCGCCCCCCAGCUGCAUCAAAUGGAAAUGUUCACAGAGAUGCUUUUGACAUGAAGCCAUUUGAUGAUGCCCUGGGCGUUUCUGGGCACGGUGGUCCAAGCUCAGGAACAACAGCGCCCCCCUUGGUGCAGCAGUUGCAGUGUGAGGCUUGGUUUCAUGGCAGUCUAAGUCGCAGAGAAGCAGAGAGGCUGCUGACCCGAGAUGGUGACUUCCUUGUGCGGGAAUCUGGGACCACGCCUGGACAGUAUGUCCUCACAGGACAGCAGGGGGGUCUACCCAAACACCUGCUACUCGUCGACCCAGAGGGAGUGGUCCGUACUAAAGACCACCGGUUUGAAAGUGUGAGUCACUUGAUCAGUUACCACAUGGACAACAGACUCCCCAUCGUUUCAGCUGGUAGCGAAGUGUGUCUGCAACAGCCAGUUGAGCGCAGGGCCUGAUGUUGCACAGACCAAUAAAAUACACCACCAAAUAUACACACACACUCCUUCCACAAAUCAGGACAGGAUAAAACACACAUCCAUAUGUCAGUACACACAGCAACACUGCACUUAAUACUCUUAAAUGAACACAAGAAUACAUGGAUGCACACACGUCAAAGAAAACCAAAAGAAAAGAAAAAAAAAAGAUAAUAAUAAUAAUUUCUCUGCAAAAUCACUUGCUGCUGUUGCCACAUGUUCCUGUCUUUUCUGAAAGCUAAACUGUGAUCUGCAGUCCCUCCUCACUCCCAUGGACGAUCACGCGCAUCACUCCAACGUGGAGAAACACUGCUGCAUUUCAUAACUGUGAAUCAGGGAGGAGCCCUUUGCUAAUAUCAGAAUGUUGCAGAAUACAAAUGCAAUUUUUUAAGAGAAAAAUUCCUCUCAUUCAUUUAUGAAAAAUGAAAAAAAAAAAAGAACUUUGGAAUUAUGUACAAAGAAAUAGUGGAACUAAAGAGCGAAGAAAGGAUCGUGAAUGUGACGAGGGGAAUGAGAUGUUCUGUGCUUUCAAGCAUGUCGUCUUUUUCGCCCCUCAAACUGUUGCUGGAGCAUGUUAGGGAAAACUGGAUGCCAAUGGUUCUUUGUUGCAGACACUGAACCAGGCUCGAACAUAAACACUCUCCCUUCAGGUGUCAUUUGAGCUCUUCAGCAGGAAACCUGACAUUGACGUCGACCUGCUGAUAAAUAUGCAUAAAACGCAGCUUCCAACGUAAUCAGGAGGACCUCCCCACCCCCAACCACUCCCCUUUUAAAGACUGUAAAGUGGAGUGACACCUGGUGAUGAGGAAAGCUUGUAUGCAAAACUGGGACUGCUAUGCCAACGACCGUUGUAUAUCUUCUUUUGUUGGGUUAUUAUCACGGGACUCAUUGCUAAUAGGACAUUUGGACUUUAGAAGGAUCUUAAGAGCUGUAUCGCCAUAAUCCCUCUGUAAACGUGUAUGCACAUACACCUUUACACAACACACGGUCUGCACCACCUGUCAUGCCAAAGAACAUGGUCACUAACAGCAGAGGAAGCCAUUAUGAUUACAUUAUUAACGGUUAUUUGUCUUGUGUAAUUACAGCGUUGGGAGCUAAUUAGAUAGAAGGAAGUGCACAUGAAAUAGGGCUUUUCUGGAUGGAAGAAGAAUAUAGGUGAUAGGUGCCUGAAAACAUCAUCUGCAGUGCAUUUCUGUCACGUACAAACACAGUAAUUUACUACACUUAAAAAAGCAUAGGCCAGAACGGCGGCUUUUCACUGACAUCUUAGUAUGUGUUUGCAAUGACAAUCUAUGGGUUCAAUCUUUACAGUGUUCUCUGGAUCAACCUAAAAGCUAAGAAGAGUUUCAACGGUGGCCAAUUAGAAAUUAUGACACGUGUAAGCAAUGAAUUUCCCUCUGCAAAAAAAAUAUCAUGCAAAAAUAUGUCGUAGUAACUGUUUUGGUAAUUUCAGUGUAUUGUGAUGUUGAUGCUUUACUUUUUAAUCACUUGAGGGAAUGCUUUUUAAAAAUCGUAGGUAACUGAUCACAAGGACAUACAUGUUUUUGGAGCCUUGCUAAUAAUGGUAUGUGUUAAGCCAAAUGCUACUCCUCGGUGUACUGUUUUCACAAAGGAUCUGGAGGGGAGAAGUUCACAUGCUACCUUUCUCCUCGCGUCCUCCUCCCGCAAUUCAUCAUGUUGUUUUUUUGAUAUAUUUUAUAUUGUGCCUUGUUUCUUCAAUGCAGUCAUGUCACUUCAAUGCAGUCACCUUAUGUACUUAAUUCAAAUGUAGUCGACUACAGGAGAAUCUCACACAAGCCUCUCAGUUAAACCAAGACUGCAAAAAUGACACUCCAGUAAACACACACAAACAGAUCCAGUGAUGGCAAUCUCCUCUGAUGCACAUUCUUGCAUUCAGCUUAUAGUCACAGAUACUUGAUGUCACCAUGGGUGGGGAUAUUUCCUGACCAUCUGUAAAUAACAUUGGUUGUUGAUUGGUCGGCUCAGUACUGGAUUUAUGUGAAAUCUUGUUCCACUGAGCCGCACACCACGCAGGCACUGAGGCAGCUACAAGAUAUUGUGGCCAAAGGGAUCUUUUCAACGUAGACCUUGUAAACUAGUUCUCAGACUCUCAAGUGAGCUCACAUGUAACAAGCAUACACGCAGCAGACUGACACCUGGGUCACUGUCGCAGGCACAGACACACACAUGCACUUCCUAGUCUGGUGUUUGUUGAGCUUUACGUUCUGGCAUCAGUGUGUGUGUGUGUGUGUGUGUGUGAGAGAGAGUGACCCUCCUGACCCUCUGCAUCAUUCAUGACCUGGUCCCAUGUUAACAUUGUUCAUCACAGUUGCCUUUGUUGCAUGAAAAGUCCUUUCAAAAUAUUGUUGUUGGUGAUGGUGAUAGUGUAGUGUUGAUGACGUUGUUGUACUUCUAAUUUUGUUGUUGUUGUUUUUGAAAGCCAAAGGUUAAUUUCAGAUAGUGUGCACAGAUAAUGAUUUUAACUUUAUAUAUUUCUGUUUUAUUACUUUUUUUUGUUUUUAGGGAAAAUGUCUGUUUACACCUGUAUCUGAAAAUAUAGAUUGCAUACAUAAAUACAUAUAUCAUUCAUCUCUC